AAAAGUAAUUUUCCUCAGAUUUUGCUUGACGUAGUAGGCCUAUUUGAAUUUGAGACGUGCUGUUUUAUGGUGCAUGUCUGUCACAUUGGACAGGUGUUAAAGUCAUGUGACAAACUUCCUUCCUGGUUAGCUGGCAUAAAGGCAAUAGUCUGUCGUCAGCCGCUGCUCUGCUCUGCUCAUGACGCAAAGCACAGUUCGACAGUUAAACCACUUCAUGGGGAUCAAUACUGACCUCUUCCUUAUCAGCUGAUGAGGACUUUGGCAUUUCGAGUGCAGCGAUGACGCCCGUGUGGAUCCUGGCGUGUGCGGUCUUGGUGCUCCGUGGAUCCGCCUGCGCUGCGCGGGACGUCCGGAGACCCAACUUUGUGCUGUUGAUGGUGGAUGACAUGGGAAUCGGAGACCUCGGGUGCUACGGAAAUAAAACAUUAAAGACCCCAAACAUCGACCGUCUGGCUGAAGAGGGGGUCCGUCUAACGCAGCACAUCGCCUCAGCACCCCUCUGCACCCCAAGCAGGGCAGGGUUCCUCACCGGCCGCUACCCUAUACGCUCUGGUAUGGUGAGCCAGUCCAAAGUGGGCGUGUACAUCAUCUCAGCGGCGUCUGGAGGUUUACCCAAUCAGGAGCUGACCUUCGCCAGACUUGCCAAAGACCAAGGCUACUCAACCGCCCUCAUAGGUAAGUGGCACCUGGGUCUGAACUGCGAUCGCCACGACGACCUGUGCCACCACCCCAGUGCCCACGGCUUCGAGCACUUCUACGGCAUCAGCAUGACCAACCUGCGCGACUGCCAGCCGGGACACGGCUCCGUGUUCCAGCACGUGCACACACACGUCCCCUACGGCUCGCUGGCGCUGGGCGCCCUGGCGCUGGCCUUCCUGCACGCGCGAGGCGUGGUGUGUGUGCCCCGACGUCUGGCCCUCGGCAUGCUGGGGCUGGUGGUGAUGGCGGCAGCACUGUUCGGCGUGUUCCGCUGGACAUUCCGCGAUCUGAACUGCUUCCUGAUGCGCGGCGCCGAGGUGGUGGAACAGCCGUUCGUCUCGGAGAACCUGACCAGAAGGAUGACCGCAGAGGCCCUGCAGUUCCUGGAGAGGAACUCAGAGAGGCCGUUCCUCCUCUUCCUGUCCUUCCUGCAGGUGCACACGGCACUCUUCGCCUCCUCUCAGUUCCAGGGGCGGAGUUCUCACGGUCUCUAUGGCGACGCCGUCAUGGAGGUUGACUGGAGUGUAGGUGAGGUAUUGCGGGCACUGGACCGGCUGCGGCUGGCGGAGCAGACGCUGGUGUAUCUGACCUCAGAUCAGGGACCACACCUGGAGGAGAUCUCAGUGCGUGGAGAAGUGCAUCACGGCUACAGCGGCAUCUACAGAGCUGGGAAGUCCACUAACUGGGAGGGGGGCAUCCGUGUGCCGGGGCUCCUGCGCUGGCCGGGGGGCUUUCCUGGGGGCAGGGACAUCUCUGACCCCACCAGCAACAUGGACCUCUUCCCCACCGUGGUCAAGCUCGCAGGAGCCUCCAUACCUCAGGACAGGGAGAUAGAUGGUCGUGAUCUGUUGCCUCUAUUGCGAGGAGAAUCGGAGCGAUCGGAACAUGAGUUCCUGUUCCACUACUGCAACGCCUACCUCAAUGCUGUGCGCUGGAGCCCGAGAAACAGUUCUGCGGUGUGGAAGGUGUUCUUCUUCUCGCCCAUCUUCCACCCUGAGAACAGUUCCGCCUGUUUCCACACCCACGCCUGUUUCUGCACGCCUGGCUACGUCACCUACCACGCCCCCCCGCUGCUCUUUGACCUCUCCAGGGACCCGUCCGAGAGCCGGCCGCUCACGCCGGACACCGAGCCGGCCUUCCGCGCCGUGCUGGAGGCGGUCGCCGCGGCGACGGAGCGGCACAGCCGCGGGGUGGUACCCGUGCCGGACCAGCUGUCGCCGGGCAACAUGCUGUGGAAGCCCUGGCUGCAGCCCUGCUGCUCCAGCUGGACUCGGCUCUGCCGCUGCGCUCGUGACCACCAGCAGGGGGAGCUCACGCUCUCUCACUGAGCCUCGCCGAGCGCCGUUCACAAAGAGGUGGAGAAGUCCAGCUCCAGGAAGUAAAACACAGGAGAUCUCACCAAUUAGCUGAUCUACCUGGCUGGAGAGUUGUGUAGAAUGGACCAAUUUAACAGUGUCCAGGUGUCCGGCCUCAUUGAUGUUAAUGAUGCCUUAAUUGGCAGGGUAAAACGUCUUCCUGUUUCUGUCUUUCCUGUGGACAUUUCUUUUGCUGUCUAUGGGACAUUGCUCGUCCACAGGAAGUUGAUUUACACAGCUUGUGAAAAUGGGCUAAUCAGCUGGUUUAAGUGAAUGGUUGGCACAGACAUGUAGUAUGAGGACUACAAACCGGGUUUCUGUAGCGGGACUUCUCCACCUUUUGAUGAUGUUAGCAUGUUAGCUUCCACUAUAAUCAGUGGAACUGGCAACAACAGGUGUGGGUAUGGUUCAUACAUUUGAUGGUGGUACACACACAGUAUCUCCUUAAACUGUUUUAGAACUCCGGAAGCAGAGCGCUUGAGUUCCACGGCUGGCUGAUGGACUCGGAUGGGAGGUGUGUGUGUGUGUGUGUGUGAGUGUAAGAGGCGAGUGUAAAACAGGUGUAAAUAACAGCCUGCUAAAGGGAAUACAGGGGCUGCGUGGGAACCAAGCCGCAGCAGCUAGUGACCUUGUUUACAUGUUUACAUCCUCGCCACUUUACCACUCACACUCGUCUCCAUGGUAGUGUGUUCUCUCAGUGGAAAGAGUUUAUAGACAAACAGCAAGUGUGUGUGUGUGUGUGUGCUUACCUCUGAGACAGUAUUGCAUUAAAGCCUCCAGAUUCACACCAUAACACUAAUGAGUCAGUAUUGCAUCAUUAGUGUUAUGGUGUGAAUCUGGAGGCUUUAAAGCAAGUUAAAUCAUCAUGAUUGAAAAUGUGAAAUGUAAGUUUAGUUAUGACUGGAUUGUAAAUAAAACAUCAAAUCAAACACACACAAAUGUGAUUAGAGGUUUAGUAGUUUAUUUUAAAUGUAGUUUAAUUGUAAAUGUAGCUUUCACUGGGCAUUUAAUCCCAGGGUGUGUGUGCGCGCACGAUGAACCUUAGUUGUUUAUUUCUGUGUCCCUCUGUUGAUUCCUGUUAUAUAUGGCUUCCUAGUGGAACAGAGAAGUGUGUGUGUGUAUACUGUUCUGUCUGGCUAGCAUUAUGAAAUGUGUUUGUGUGUGUGUGU